AUGAAUUCUAAGAUGAUUUGUCUUGCGGCGAUAGCCAUACUGGCUGUUGGUUUAUGCCACGCACAUGGUCAUGGCUUUUCAUCGAUUCACAUCUCUCGUCAUGACGGUCACCAUCAUCCUGUUCAUGUUCAUGGUCACGGUCAUGACCAUCACCAUGACUAUUACACUCAUCCUAAGUACGAGUUCGAGUAUAAAGUAGAAGACCACCAUACAGGUGAUAUAAAGACCCAGCAUGAGCACAGAGAUGGCCACAAGAGCGAGAGCGGGUACUCCUGGCACGACCCUCAUGGCACCGUUAAAGUGACCAAAUAUGACUCUCAUCAUUAA